AUUCUACGGGGAAGGGGCGGGUCCAAAUUGUGAGCCCAAUCCAGACGAACCUUCUCUUUACCCGGGGCCGUCUUGGAUAACUUGUGUUAGGCAACUAGCACCAUGGCGUCGGGCUGCAAGAUCGGCCCGUCCAUCCUGAACAGCGACCUGGCCAGUUUAGGAGCCGAGUGUCUCCGGAUGCUAGACUCCGGGGCCGAUUAUCUGCACCUGGACGUCAUGGACGGGCAUUUUGUUCCCAACAUCACCUUUGGUCACCCUGUGGUAGAAAGCCUCCGAAAGCAGCUAGGCCAGGACCCUUUCUUUGACAUGCACAUGAUGGUGGCCAGGCCCGAGCAGUGGGUGAAGCCAAUGGCCGUCGCGGGAGCCAAUCAAUACACCUUUCAUCUCGAGGCCACCGACAACCCCGGGGCUUUGAUCAAAGACAUCCGGGAGAACGGGAUGAAGGUUGGCCUUGCCAUCAAACCUGGAACUACGGUUGAGUAUUUGGCACCAUGGGCUAAUCAAAUCGAUAUGGCCUUGGUCAUGACAGUGGAACCUGGGUUUGGAGGACAGAAAUUCAUGGAGGACAUGAUGCCAAAGGUCCACUGGCUGAGGACCCAGUUUCCGUCCCUGGACAUAGAGGUGGAUGGUGGCGUGGGUCCUGACACUGUCCAUAAGUGUGCAGAGGCGGGAGCUAACAUGAUUGUGUCCGGCAGCGCCAUCAUGCGGAGUGAGGACCCCCGGUCUGUGAUCAACUUACUAAGAAACGUGUGCUCAGAGGCUGCUCAGAAACGCUCCCUUGACCGAUGAGACCGCAGGGAGUCCAGCGUGUGUGUCGUGAAACCCUUUCCCUGGAGGACAGGCACGUAGACUCCCCGACCCCCUGCAGCUGAGGCAGCGCUGCGUCUCUGAGCAGCUACUCCAGCGACUCAAAGCUGGGUACAGAACCUUAACCACAUUUUAGCCACGAAAUUUAAAGAUGAGUGUGAAAUGCCGUUUUUAUGGAAGAAUUGAUUUUUAUAGUGUGAAAACAUGACUGAUAAGGUUACAAACAGAACUAUGUCUUAAUGCCUACAAAGGGCAUGUUAGCUACUAUGAAAAAAUUUUUUCUGUAUUUUUGAAAAGAAUGUUUUAUUUUCCAGCUGUUCUUGAAACCAGUCUUUGUUUUUCCUAGUUCAUAUUAUUUCUGAUUGGUUUAUAAGCCUGAUAAUAAGAGUACAGUGGAACUAAAACCUAGAAGCUUGAGUGGGUGGCAGACUGUACAUCUUGCAUGAAUCAGUUUUCACUUCUGACCUUCUUAUACUCAACUCAUUAAAAACGAUAAAAGCAGUGUAAGGAUUGUAAAGGACUGUAAAAUGCAAGCGUGGAUUUUACCAUAGUAUUCAUACUGCCAAAGCUGGUUAGUUAUUCCGUGAUUUCUUAAUCUCACCCACCAUCCUAAGGGCGCCGGAUGCUGCUGCUGUGUUUGUUAGCUCUGUGUGGAAAGGAAAAGUAAAGCUUUCCUUUGGAAUUUCCAUUGUGUUGAGUAGAUUCUGAAUCUGUCCCUUUCUGCUGCCCUUGGCAAGUCACCCAUCCUUCUGCACUUUUAACUCGCUGGAGUGUUGAGCAUACUGUAACUAAAAACCAUGCAGGAUGUGUCAAGGGCCUGAAGAGGAAUGGGAAGCCUCCAGUAGUAUUUGUAGAACUUAGAAGUUACUCCACAUAAAGUGGCUGACAUUCCAUACGUUUGUUUGGUCGACCAUAAAGUUUUUAUAUGAUUUCAUUAAACCUACAGAUUAUUCCCCUAAGUGGUAGGACAGGUAUUUUUGUUCCAUUUUAAAAAUGAAAGUAAAUAGGGUGGCACCAUGGGAAGGACCUAGUAUGGCAGAUCCUAGGGUUUUUGGUCUUCCCUUUUUUUAACAACUAGAGCUUCCAGGAGGUGGGUUAGACAAAAGAAGCUUCUUUCAUUUAACAUUUUCAGUCUGACCGUACCCUGUAGCAGCAUCAGGUGGCUGAGAAUGUUCUGGAACUAUGGAUCCUGACCCAAGAAUAUAUAUUUUAUUCCAAGAUAGACCAGCUAGGCAGAGAGGUGCCAGAGUUUUGUGAACACUCUUACUGUAUGAUAAAUGUGGCAAGAAGUAACAGGACCAGUAUUACAUUUCUCGAGAAGUAAGACUCAGAAUAUUUGCAUUAAUACUUGUGCUUGGAAUAGAAGUUAGGUUUUUUCUUACACUGUGAAUAAAAAUUUGUUACUAUUGUUUUAAUUUUGACUUAGAAGGAGGUCAUGCCAUGAAUAGGUAGCAUUUAAUUCUGUCACACAAGGCAUAUAGAAAUAACUUUAAUUAAAAAUCUUACAUAGAUUAUAUAAUAUUAGACAUGACGAAGAUUUAAAUUUAUUUACCAGGACAACCUGGGUUUGUCUGGCUUUUGUUUUCUUUCUCUUUAAAAAUAAAUGUAUAGUAAAACUACAAGCACAAGUUUGUCAGUAUUGAAUUGCAAUGUUUGUUUCCUUCAAAGGGAAUGGAAUAAUUUCCAGUCCUGAAAAAAAACUUACUGCUAAGUCCCAUAGACUAGGCCAGGUGGCCAGAGUUUUCAGUUAUGUGGAUACACACAGAUUGUUCUCAACUGUCACAGAAAAAAAACCAGCUUUACCGAUUCAGAAGAGAUCUUCCUUAAUGUAUGCUCCUGAGUUUCUGAUACUGAAGUACUGUCCUUUGAACAUUUUAAUGCAUGGGAUGCAGGUAAGAGUAGAGUUUUAUUUCCAUAGUUACAGCGAUAUAGGGCCGAAGGAGCCAGAAUUACAACCAUUAAAAAAAGUUACGAAGGGCUUUACUGUUUGUGCCACAUGUUUUAAGUUGAUUUUUCUUCAUGUGAUACAUAAAAUAAUGUAGGCAAAAUGAGUUUUCAAAGAUGUAACAGUUUAAAAUCACACUGAUACUUAACUCUGGUUUGCCUAUCCUAACUCCAUUAUGAGUAAACAGUACCCUGUGGUUAGUCCUGCAGAUACCAGCACUUAAAUAGAUGACUGUGUUGUUAUCUGCUAGAGUUUCCUCAAGUAACUUUUGUUGUUUAAACAAACUUCACAAAUAAAAAGCCAAAAGUACUCCUCCAUCA